AUGGCAUUAGAAGUUUGGAAUAUAGAAAUGGUCCCAAUUGGCUCUGAAGCAGGACGUGGAUCAAGAAGUCAACCAGAGUUUACUUUAAGAAAAUUUGGAGGGCUUCGAGCACGUUGGUACAAUUUAGAUUCGCUUCUUAAAGGACCCGAAUGGAUCAGUCCAACUUAUUUAGGAAUGUUAUUGAAUCAACUUGAAAAUAAUGCUGAUGAAAAUGCAUCAAAAUUGCCUGACCCAGAUACUGUUAAUCGUAUUGAAAGAGACAAAAGUAAUUUGCAAGAAAUAGAUCAAGAAAUGAUGAAUGCGGCUAUUGCAGCUAGUUUGGGUAAUAGUAAUGAUAACGGAGAAGAAAAGGAGUUGAAAUAA